UUGGCUGGCGCUGAAGCCGAGAUGGCGGCGCUGCGGCCCUGUGCGGAUGGUCCCUGUUGCUCCCACCUCAGUGCGGCGCCCAGCGUGCAGCAGACACUGGAGGAGAUGGACUUCGAAAGGGGGAUCUGGUCGGCAGCCCUGAAUGGAGACCUGGGCCGAGUAAAGUAUUUAAUCCAGAAGGCAACGGAUCCUAGUCAGCCUGACUCCGCUGGCUACACUGCUCUGCACUAUGCGAGCCGCAAUGGGCACUAUGCUGUGUGCCAGUUCCUGCUGGAAAGUGGAGCUAAUUGUGAUGCCCAAACCCAUGGGGGUGCCACCGCUCUGCACCGGGCCAGCUACUGUGGGCACACUGAAAUCGCACGGCUGCUGCUUUCACAUGGGUCCAACCCCAGGCUGGUAGACGACGAUGGCAUGACCAGUCUACAUAAGGCUGCUGAGAAGGGACACGUGGACAUUUGCUGCCUCCUGUUGCAACACAGCCCAGCCCUGAAGGCCGUCCGGGAUCGGAAGGCACGGCUAGCAUGUGACCUGCUGCCCUGCAACAGUGACCUGCGGGACCUUCUGGCCAGCUGAGUCACCACUCUCCUGUCUUGGGCUGCCCUUAAAGGGUCCACAGACCAGCUCUCCAAGCCCCUGCCUUGGUCAGCAUCUGUGCUGCAGGGCAGGAAGAUGUGGCCAGAAGACACAGGAAGAGCCCGUUUGGCUACUGUGGAGGCGAGGGAGUAGGCUUGGCGGGGCUGGAAGUGUUUAAGCCUAGACAGAUGAUCAUAUUCUAAAUGAGUUCAUGUGAGACAUCUAUCCAUUUGGAAAAAAAUAAAGUUAUAUCCUUAUCUCAUCCCACAUAUACAAAAAAUCACAAGAUUAAAGAUCUAAAUAUAAAAAC